CCCCCCAUUUCUUUCCCUUUUUUGUUGCUUGUUCGCUUCGCGUUUGGGGAUCAGUGCGUAAGGCGGGAGGGACCUGGCCUAAAACGACACCCGAGCAGCCCAGCGGGAGCCUAGGGAUAGGCCUGGGCAGCAGCCUCCACAUUAGGAUGUCCCGACAUGAAGGUGUCAGCUGUGAUGCAUGUUUAAAAGGAAAUUUUCGAGGUCGCAGAUACAAGUGUUUAAUUUGCUAUGAUUACGAUUUGUGUGCAACUUGUUAUGAGAGUGGUGCAACAACAACGAGGCAUACAACUGACCAUCCAAUGCAGUGCAUACUAACAAGAGUAGAUUUUGAUUUGUAUUAUGGUGGAGAAGCUUUCUCUGUAGAACAGCCACAGUCCUUUACUUGUCCUUAUUGUGGAAAGAUGGGUUAUACAGAAACAUCUCUUCAGGAACAUGUUGCUUCUGAACAUGCCGAAACAUCAACAGAGGUGAUCUGUCCAAUAUGUGCAGCAUUACCUGGAGGGGAUCCUAAUCAUGUCACAGAUGACUUUGCAGCUCAUCUUACACUGGAACACAGAGCUCCUAGAGAUUUAGAUGAAUCUAGUGGCGUUCGGCACGUACGUAGAAUGUUUCACCCAGGCCGAGGUUUGGGAGGCCCCCGUGCACGUAGAUCAAACAUGCACUUUACUAGCAGUUCCAGCGGUGGACUUUCAUCUUCUCAGAGUUCAUAUUCUCCAAGCAAUAGAGAAACCAUGGAUCCUAUAGCUGAGCUUUUAUCUCAGUUAUCAGGCGUGAGACGUUCUGCAGGGCAACUCAAUUCUUCUGGCCCUUCUGCUUCUCAAUUACAGCAGCUGCAGAUGCAACUGCAGUUGGAAAGACAGCAUGCACAGGCAGCAAGACAACAACUGGAAACUGCACGCAAUGCAACUAGACGCACUAACACAAGCAGCAUACCCACCACUCUUACACAAUCUAUAGCAGCAACCAAUACAUCUAACACAGAAAACAAUCAUCAGACUAUACAGAAUUCCCAGUUUCUUCUUAUGAGGUUGAAUGAUCCUAAGAUGUCAGAAGCAGAGCGUCAAUCAAAAGAAAGCGAACAGGCAGAUCGCAGCUUGUUUGUUCAAGAGCUUUUACUGUCCACUUUGAUGCAGGAAGAAAGUUCCUCCUCAGAUGAGGAUGAACGGGGAGAGAUUGCUGAUUUUGGUGCUAUGGGCUGUGUAGAUAUUAUGCCUCUAGAUGUUGCUUUAGAAAACCUAAAUUUAAAAGAGAAUAAUAAAGGAAAUGAGCCUCCUCUUUGAUGGCAUCCCAAUUUGCAGACAACGUCCUCUGUGCUGUAUUUGCCAAUGAAAGUGGACAACAACUGUCUUGGGUUUGUUUUGGUGAUUGUAAUUUCAGGUCUGUCACUCUUGUUACAUUGUGUACAUUCAAAGGAAAAGAGAAAAGAUAUAUAUGAUAAUCAUUUCCACUUAACCAAUUUUUACUUUUAGCAGAUAAAUAUAGGUUGCAGUGCAGAGAAAAAAAAAAAAGCUCUGUGUCCUGUAGCUUGACAUGCAAAAAAGCUCUCCUAAUGCUCCACAUUUAAACUGAAGAGGAAAAAAUGAAAAAAUCUCUAAUGAAGCUGCUGUGUGUAUUUAUGAAUAUUAAUGAAUAAAACUUGCUUGGAUGGUUUACCUUAA